AUAAUUGACACAAACGUCUGUGGUGUACCGUGCCGCCUAUGGUUGACUUCUACACAAUUCACAAUUUCUCUUUCGUAGUGUUUGCCUCUGCGAGUGCCAGCCAUGUUGACCCGAAUGAGACAGGUUUUUCAGCAUUUUGCUAGAACUUGAGGGUGAAUCUAGGUAAAAAAAUACAUUAUGCCCAAGUGCGAUGUCAAAACUAGAUACAUACCAGCUACAUUUGCUUGGACAUUGCUCAUCGUAGCCACCACACUAUUUUUUUAUUAUCCUGCCCAGUAUUAUAUACCAGAUCACCCAUGGGUUCCUGCUUAUCAAGGGGUUAUCACCUUCUUCGUAUUGGCAAAUUUCACCCUCGCCACUUUCAUGGACCCUGGAGUCAUACCCAAAGCACCUCCUGACGAAGACAGAGAAGAUGACUUUAGAGCUCCCCUUUAUAAGAACGUUGAUAUAAAUGGUAUUACCGUUCGCAUGAAAUGGUGUGUUACUUGCAAAUUCUAUAGGCCACCGAGGUGUUCUCACUGCAGUGUGUGUAACCACUGUAUAGAGACCUUUGAUCAUCACUGUCCUUGGGUGAACAACUGUAUAGGAAGGAGAAACUAUAGGUUCUUCUUUUUCUUCCUCAUAUCAUUAAGUAUACACAUGAUUAGUAUAUUUACAUUGAGCCUCAUCUUUAUAUUACAUUGUGAGGAUGUCUACUCCAAGCCUCAACCCAUUAUUGCUAUGGUAUUAAUGGCAUUGGUGGCGCUUUUGUCGAUUCCGAUAUUUGGCUUGACAGGCUUCCACAUGGUUCUGGUGUCUCGAGGACGCACCACAAAUGAACAAGUCACUGGUAAGUUCAAGGGUGGCUACAACCCUUUUUCUAGAGGCUGCUGGGAUAACUGCUGCUACACCCAGUUCGGUCCUCAGUUUCCAAGUCUUAUGAAACCUCAUAAAUACAAUGCGAAACGAAAACACUGUCCUCACGGACCUAUUGCUACGAUUACGAACGACAGUCAAGUGAAAACCUACAUGGAUAACAGCAACGGAGUGAGAAAUAUCAACUCUAAUGCUUACAACAAAAUGUCGCCCGGUCGAGAAGGCUGUGAGCUCGAAAUGGAGCCUUCGGCAUCACAAUCCCAAGACUGCGAACCAACGCCGCCUCUGCAGCGACAUGGUUCGAAAAGCAACUUCUUUCUGCCCCCCUCGACGGUCGAUGGCGAGUCUCCAAGACACCCACGCGGCGUCGUGCAUUACCCCCGGAGUAGCCCCCAUCCGCGGCCGAGAGGCCUCGACUCUAACAGGAGCGGCACCCCCGAUAGCUUGGGGCCCCAGCGACCUUCGCCAACUAUGCAGCAGAGGAUAAAGGCGCUCGGAGUUCCCACGCCACUCGCGCUCUCUACUCCCGUCAGAAGAUCUAACCCCAGUACUCCGACUCAGCCACGAAGGCCCGACUUCAUCGGUGUGGUUUAUCAGAACCAGCCCCCCCACUACUACGAUUUCCAGCCCUCUCAGGACAACCACCACCACCUGCAGCAACAGCAGCGCCAGAUGAUGCCCCCGCAAAGCUACGGCGGCAGUCCGCAGCGACGCUUCAUGUCUGAGGGAGAGCUCGUAAGGCAGGAGCAGCUCUCGUACCCACGAUCCAACAACACCGUCGACAACAUCCGCGAGUUAGCAAACUCACCUCAGCGGGGCGUCUACAUGUGGAAGGACACCUCCCCCGGUUAUCCGCCUCCCACGGACUUCUAUAGGUCAAACCCAACAAGCCCCACGCAGCAGCAGCAGCCCUACGCCGCCCCCCCAGUCCGGACUUACCACCCCGCCGCUCGGGGGGGCGUUCCCGUGUAUCCGCCCCCACAGAGUCCCCAGGUUCACAGAAAGCAGCCCGGCGGGGGCCCCGCCCCUUCCGAUAACCGUCGGAGGCCCAUGUCAUUCGUGAGGGCACUCGAGAUGUCCGACACUACACAGGAGGGUGCCCCACAGUGCACAGCGCAUGUCGGGCAGCGCCCUUCCACCCCAGAUCGUGCCAGCGUCUAUGACAUGAACUACGAGAUAUCCGUAUAGGGCAGGUGUCGGCACUCGCGACCCGUCGAAUGAGUGCGUUUAGUUUCUCUGCAUCAGAGACUCGACUCGGGUAAACAUUCCGUUUACUGUUUGUGCUCCUGUGUCACGCCCCCUCCUCUUAUAGUGUCGUGCGGUAUGAGAUGUACGUUGAGAAUUGCUGCCGUUGGCUGGCAAUACAUCGAAAAAAAUAUUUUGUGGAAUGAAACCUCAGAAUAAGUAACAGAGAGUAUCGAUGUUGAGGUAAUAAUAAAUUGAAGUGUAUUACUUCAAGUUAUUAUCAUUGUCUUAUUUUUCAAGAUUUCAAUAACUAGAAAGGCAAAACACUUAACCCUUUCACUGUGGUAAAAAUGUAGUAGUUUAUACUUCGUGAGGAAACAGUUUUUUUAGAUAUUUACCAUAAUGAUUUAUUGAUUAUUCUAAAAGAGUUAAUUUCAAAUCCGACAAGAAUGGUCAAUUAGCGAUUUAGUAGCUUCCACACAUUUAUGUAAUAUGCAGAGUGUUGCGAAAGGGUUGAACUAAAAACAUACAGCCAAGUGUAAUAUUUUCACUAAGAAAGUAAAACCACAGCAUGUGUUUCGUUAUACAAUAGCUUCCUCGUGCAGGAAUAUUCAUUCGUGCUGUUCCUUAGAUUCGAAGAAAUAUUAGCAAAUAGUAUUUUGAGAAGUUUGAUCAAAAAUUACAUGCUUCCUAUAUUUUGACAAAAUCACUCUACUAGUUUUUUCGCAGAACCGACUUGAACACUUCAACAUUUAAAUAUAAAAUUGAUUCAUCAACUUAUUUUCAGAUUGAUAAUCAUGAUAUCAGUUGAUGCGAAAUUGUUCAUUGUACUUAGAAAGUCCCUGAAUGUAUGUUCUGUGGACAUUAAAAAUCAUUUACAAAUCAAGAAGUCUGUAUCCAAACCUGUCAUUGAAAUUUAGACAACAGUUGUGAAUAACAUAAAAACAUUGGCUUCCACGGCCGGGGUCACAAUUAAAGAAGACAAAAUCCCAGCUGAUAUGCCUGGUUCAAAUGGAACUCAGGUAGUACCAAACAACUUUACGUUAUGUGAAAAUCGCACUGUGUUUUGAUAUGAUUUUCAUCCAGUGCCGGCAAUUUCGUAAAAAAACUGGAAGGAACAUUUAUUUACAGCUUUGAUAUAGAAAUGUGAUUAUUACCUCGAAAAUUCCGUAUAAAUGUGCCAUUAAUAAAACUCUGGUGAAGUUCUCAUUUGUUUCAUUCCAUAAAAAAAUCAAUUUUCGAUCUAUCUGUCUUGCAAAUAUCUGUUGUUAUUCUACAAGGUUUAUCAUAUUUUUAUUAAUUGUAUUUUUCUGGAGUCCUCUAUUCGAGUUUUGUGUUGUUUUGUUGUAAUUUUUAAUCUGUUUUUGUUUUUAUGUUUAGCUUAAGACGAUGUUGACUGUAACAGUGCCAGUCCUUAGUCAGUAUGAAGGAGCGUUAACUCUCAUUUUUGAGCAUUAAAAUUGUUUAACAAAGAAAAAAUUUGUUAUCUGUGACUUUGAAAAAGGAGAAUACAUUUUGAACUUUCCAAAUAGCUGGAUGAAAAAAUGAGAUACGAUCAUUAGAGGUGGAUUCAUAUAUUUUUGUUUUCCAUAUACUUUUUGAAUUCACAAUUUUCUUGUCAAAAUGUUUUUAAUUUUGGUAUAACGCAGACAAAUUAUUUUCUGCAGGAGUUCAAGACGAUAAAAUAAUUAUUGAAUCUUAUUUGAUAAAAUUGAUAUCAAAAAUAGAAAACCAAAUAUUCUCAAAUUGAUUACCUUUAAAAAACACAAUAUUUCUUUCAUUUAAAGUUUUUAUGCAUAGUAAAUAUAAUGAUUCAAGAAUAUUGAGAAUUGUGAAAAACAUAAAAGACAAAUAAAUAUGAGAGUAAUACUUCAAAAAUCAAAGUUGGAGCAUUUUUCUGAUUUUAUUUUUUCAGCUUUAGUAUGUUUUUCAAAGAGCGAGAAAUGUGGUUAUUAUGUGAAAAUGAAGUUUCUUGAUGGUUGCCUUCGGCUUGCAUCUAAAUGUCUUUUUCUGUGUCUUAUGGCAGAAAUAUUUUAAAAUGAAAUAUUUUUGUUUAGGAUAUCUCGAAUCAGAGUGAUACUAUUAUAUUUCAUAACAAGAAGUAACCUAAAAAUGCUUUUGAUAAUGUUUCCUUUUUUUUAUAGUUUUAUUCAAUUUGGAAUAGUUUGAAAAUCGAGUAGAAAAAAAAACUGUCGGAUAUGUUACUUGACUCGAGAUUGAACCCAGGACGACUGGCAUACCUAGAGUUCUAACCACUUCUCCAAGAAGUUGAUAACAACUUACAAGUUUAUGUUAAAUAACGCUAUUUGAGUUCUUUCAUUUUAUCAAGUGAAACUUUAGAAAAAAAAAACAAUUUUUGCACCACAAUGAAAAUUUCUAGUGGGAUACACUCAUUUCCAUCUUUUUUCAAUAGUCAUAGACAAUCUUUUUUUUUAAUUCGCCUCCUUUUCCGAAAAAAAAAAACAAUUGAAAAAUAAUUUCAGACUUUCAAACCAUCACGCUUUUAAAAAACACAAAGAAUUUUUUCUAACAAAUUUUGUUCUGUCUUGUUUUUAUCUGACAAAUGCUCUGAUAUCUUUCAUACUGAAUGAGGUCUGGUAUAUUACUAUUGUACUAACACAGGCAGUGACUAUGAUCUAGAAAUAUUCAUACAGAUUAUUGUUAAUUGGACUGGUGGGUGAUAUUAAAUUAACAGGGCAACCAGAAAGUCACUUUCAAUUCUUUACACUUUUAUGAAUCGUAUUUCUUUUGUAAAUAUUUAUGGCAGGUUGUUAAUGGGAUUCCAUCUUCGAAAACUAUGGAUCUUAGUUUAAAUGUACGGGUUAAAUCAUAAGUAACAAACACCGACAUGUAUUUGGGUUAUUGAUUUUCUAAAAAUAUUUCUUUUUUAAUUUGGCUAAUGGAAAUAAUAGUUAACAUUUUUUCUAAAAAUAUGCCAACUUUGUAAUGAUUGCUUUAGAUAUUACAUCAAACUAGACAUUUUCACUCGAGUUUUGUAUUUCUGUGAUUCUCAAACCAUCUACUGAAAUAUUAUUAUUAUUUUCUUGUCCUUGCCCUGUAUAAUCGAAGAUUACCUAAUGAAUCAGUUGCCAAAGUGGUUUUUGUAAAUAGCAUUUAUAUACAUGAAAUGUAAAAAUUGAAGAAUUGGCAACUAAACCGCUGAUAAUUUGAAAAUUAAAGUGGACGUUAGAUCAAAUAUUCCAAUUUAUUCAAUAUUAAUCAUCUAAAAGGUUCGUGGCAAAACGAGUUUUUUCAGUUAACUUGUUUGAAUUUUAUCAAAUUGGAAUAUGACUUUAUGAAUGCGCUGUGUAAUGAGAGAUUAUUUAUUUCAGUUUCUGAAAUUUUAUUUAUAGAAAAGAUUCAACUAUAGUGUUGUCAGUGAAUUUGGUGUAAGAGUUAAAUAAUCCAACAGGUUAUCAAAAAAUAUUGAAUUUGAAGCGGAAGAGAGUUUUCAUUAUUUUAUACAAUUUUGUACUGAUUUUCCCUUUAUUCAAUCAUUGUGUAAAUCAAACUGUAAGAAAAUAAAUAUUACUUUACAAUA